AGGGUUAAUCAAACCAAGAGAGAGAGAGAGAUGUUAUGUAUGUUUCCAUGCAUGUGAAUCUCCGCCAACAAACAUUCACGUUGAGCCCAUUUCUCAUUGAGUCUCGAUCCAAUUGAGCUUUGGGUGUAGUUCUUUGAGAUAUAUCACCAGAGAAAUCGAUGGGAGGUUCUUCACCAUGCGCGUCCUGCAAACUCUUGAGGCGUCGCUGCGCCAAGGACUGCAUCUUUGCUCCUUACUUCCCUUCCGAUGACCCUCACAAGUUUGCCAUUGUCCACAAAGUCUUUGGUGCUAGCAAUGUCAGCAAAAUGUUGCAGGACCUACCGGUUCACCAGAGAGCGGAUGCUGUGAGUAGCUUGGUUUAUGAAGCAAAUGCUAGAGUGAGGGACCCGGUGUAUGGGUGCGUCGGGGCCAUAUCCUACCUUCAGGAUCAAGUAUCACAGUUGCAAAUGCAACUGGCGGUGGCCCAGACAGAGAUACUUUGCAUUCAGAUGCAGCAGGAAUCGCCCUUGCAGACUCAAAUACCUCAAGAUGACAAGUCGUUCCUCCUAGCCAGUACUAGUAACUUAGAUAACAUCUCCCAAUACCUCAACUUCGCUUCUUCUGGCAAUGUAAUCCAAGACCCAGCUCUCAAGAGAGAGUCUCUUUGGACUUAG